AUGUACGCACGCACGCCGGUGCUGGUGCUGAUCUUCGCCAUAUUUGCCUUUGCUACAACUGGAGGCUACACAGGCACAACCAGCGUCAACAUCCAGUGUCCAGGGAAGGAAAUACAGGAAGUCACUGCAGACUUUAACUACCCCUUCAGGUUGAUGAAGCAUCCCUACGAUGUUCCUGACUGUAAAGUCAAUGAGACCACCACCACUGCACACUACCUGUCAGGAGACUAUGCUUCUUCAGCGGAGUUCUACGUCUGCGUUGGGGUGUUUGCCUUCCUGUACUGCAUUGCCACACUAGUUCUGUACUUGGGUUACCAGCACCUGUAUAGAGAAACCAGCCGUGCUCCCAUUGUGGACCUUCUGCUGACUGCCGCCUUUGCUUUCCUGUGGCUGGUGUCGUCCUCUGCUUGGGCCAAAGGCUUGACUGAUGUGAAAUACUCCACGAGUCCUUCAACCAUUGUUAGUAUCCUUGAUGUGUGCAAGCAGGAAACCACCAAGUGCACUGCAGGUGCCAUGCCUCACAUGGGCAGACUCAACGCUUCAGUGAUUUUUGGAUUUCUCAACCUCAUCGUGUGGGCUGGCAACUGCUGGUUCAUCUUCAAGGAAACACCUUUCCACAAGACAGCCAACCAGCCGGCAAAUGUGGAGGGUGGCGUGAGACCAACGUAACUGCUUUUUCGUCUCAAUCUCAAAGUGUCAAAAGUAGUUUUCUUGACUCAUACUGGUGUUAACGGUUAACAAUGGAAAACAAAACUAAAAUUAAGGCUUAAAAAAUUAAAUAAGAAUGAAGAAGUAACCAAUCCUUAUUUGUUGGGAAUGUUUGUCAUAUUAACAGCAUUAUUAAAUUUGAGUUGACUACAACAUCAA